AUUUAGUUUUGAUAUGGAGGCACAGUACAUUUUAUAUAUGACAAAGAUGGGAUACAUUUUGUAUUAUAUUUCAGGACAUGACAAGGAAUGCAAAAAAACGUAUUGUAAUAGCAUCAUUAUAUCUUGGAACAGAUCGUCUAGAAAAUGAAUUGAUAAAGAGUAUUGAGUCAGCAUGUGAGAGAGCAGUACAAAACAAUAAUGACAGUUUUGAAGUUCAUGUUCUAUUAGAUUACACAAGAGGAUCAAGGGGAGUUAACAAAAGCUCUAGAACAAUGUUACUGCCCCUGCUGGAGAAAUACCGAGACAAAGUACAGGUGUAUUUGUACCAUACACCAGAUUUAAGGGGAUUCUGGAAGAAAUUUUUACCUGAGAGGAUGAACGAGAUUGUUGGUUUGAAUCACAUGAAGAUUUACCUGGCUGACAAUGAUUUUAUUAUUAGUGGUGCAAAUCUAAGUGAUUCUUAUUUCACUAAUCGUCAAGAUAGAUAUAUCCAGUUUAGAUCAUGUCCAGAAAUGUCAAACUAUCUGUGUGAUCUUGUGUGUGCUGUAUCACGUUUCUCAUUCCAUCUACAGUGCAAUAAUACCACAGUUUAUCCUGAAGGAGCACCACAUCCAUAUGAUGGUUCAGAGGAUGUACAAGUGUUUAAAGACUAUGCUGAAGAUACCAUUUCAAAAUUAAACUCUUUCUGGAAAGAAUCAAGGGCCUCAACUCAACUUAAUUCAAAUGACAGCGAUGUAGAUACAUGGUUAUAUCCUUUGAUACAGAUGGGAUCAUUUAAAAUAAAAGAUGAUGAAGUAGUGACUGAACGACUGUUUACAAAAUCUGAAACCUGUGAUAGAAUACUGUUAGCCUCAGGAUAUUUUAAUUUAACUAGUAAUUAUGUAGAUUAUGUGAUAAACAAAUCAAAUGCAGUGUUUAGGAUCCUCACAGCAUCUCCUGAGGUAAGCUGAUUUGAUAACUAGCCACUUUAUACCUGUACACAUUAACCUUAUAUGUAUGUUUUUCAAAUAUGUUGUUUGAGUAUUAAGUUGCCAGUUUGGCAGUAUUUCUAACAUUCUUAGUAUCAUAUUUACUUACUCUCUCUUGUAGUACCUUCAUUAUUGACUGGAAUCUUAAAUAUUAAACAUUUCAGUGUGAUUAGAUCAAUGUUAUUGAAACUUUAUCUUAAUAUAUAGAUGUUCUUAUUUUUCCUCAUAGAAUGGUCAUGUUUUUAUGCUCCCCGAAAAAUUUCGGGGGAGCAUAUAGUCGGCGCCUUGUCCGUCUGUCCGUCUGUCCGUCCGUCCGUUUUCUUGUCCGGAGCAUAACUUGAAAACCCUUGGAGAUAAUUUGUUUAAACUUCAUACAGUGGUAGAGGGCAUUGAGGGGGAGUGCAGUGUCAAAGAACCAUAACUCUAUUUUGCCCUGUUUUUGAAUUAUCUCCCCUUAUAGAAUUAUCUUGUCCGAGGCAUAACUCUAAAACUAUAAGAGCUUUCAACAUGAAACUUUGUAGGUGAAUAGAUCUCAAUGGGUAGAUGUGCAGUGCAUAAGACCAAUAACUCUUUUUGUCCUAAUUUUGGAGUUAUUGCCCUUUGUUAAUUUCAACACUUUGAACUUUGUCCGGAACAUAACUCUAAAACUAUAAGAGAUAUCAAGAUGAAACAUUGUAGGUAGAUAGAUCUCAUUGAGUAGAAGUGCAGUGCAAAAGAACCAUAACUCUGUUAAGCCUCAUUUUUGAAUUAUCUCCCCUAUUAGAAAAAUCUUGUACUGGACAUAACUCUAAAACUAUAAGAGAUAUCAACAUGAAACUUUGUAGGUGAAUAGAUCUCAAUGGGUAGAUGUGCAGUGCAUAAGAACAAUAACUCUUUUUGUCCUAAUUUUGGAGUUAUUGCCCUUUGUUAAUUUUAACACUGAACUUUGUCCGGAACAUAACUCUAAAAUUAUAAGAGAUAUCAAGAUGAAACAUUGUAGGUAGAUAGAUCUCAUUGAGUAGAAGUGCAGUGCAAAAAAACCAUAACUCUGUUAAGCCUCAUUUUUGAAUUAUCUCCCCUUUUAGAAAAAUCUUGUACUGGACAUAGCUGUAAAACUAUAAGAGAUAUCAACAUUAAACUAUGUAGGUAGAUGUAUCUCAAUGGGUUGAUGUGCAGUGCAUGAGAAUCAUAACUCUGCCUUGCCUAAUUCUGGAGUUAUUGCCAUUUGUUUAUUUUUACUUUUUGAAUUUGUCCGGAACAUAACUCGGAAACCAUAAGAGAUAUCAACAAGAAACUUUGUAAGUUGAUAGAUAACAGUGAUUAGAAGUGCAGUGGAAAGAACAGUAACACUGCCUUUCCUAAUUUUGGAAUUAUUGCACUUUGAACUUUUUCCAGGGACAUAACUCUGAAACUACAAGAGGUGUACUUUCCUGUGUCCAAAACCUAUUCGGGGAGCAUCACCCGGCUCAAACCGGGCUCUUGUUUAUCUUUGUCUAAGCAUUAUAAGGAAACUGAUGUUUCUGUCUACUGAUUUAUUAUGUACUGAUUGAUUUAUUCUGUUGAUUAAAAGUGUACAUUUGGUCAGGGUUUAGCUGGUCAGUGUUUAGCCAACAAUAAUCUGUAACUGAUGUUAGUAUUAAUCCAUGAAGUUUACAUUGAUUUAAAUUUGAUGCCAUUUGCAAUGAAGAAAAAAAGGUCAUCAAUAGACAACCCUGUAUUUUAUCUGAAUGCAUGCUGACUUAUUGUGUGGGAUAUGACCCGAACAGAAAAUAGCAACUUAAUUCUUAAGCAGAUAAGUUUUGUAAUCAUUGCUGAGUACAACAAAAUACAAAGCAAAAUGUCAUGUUAUGUAAUUAAUAAACAAAAUUAAUGUUUAAAAUCUUAAAAAUACUUAGAGUAUGGUCGGUUAAAUGAUUAACAAGGUUAUU